AUGUCGCUUCCCAUUAACGACAACGCCCGAGACAUGCGCGCAAAGGAGAGGGCAUCAAUAAGACGUGAUACAAUCGUGGCUGAAAUUAGGUAUAUUCAUCAAUUAGCACAGCAAGCGUCGGAGGACGGUAAUAUAUAUUCCCAAUUAGUAGUCGCCUCUAAUGAUUUGGACUCGUUGUGGGUGGACUUUGUUGCCGAAGAUGAUGCUUUUUUAAACUCAUUAUUAGACUUGGGUUUAAGUAUUCAAUAUUCUGGUGCACUCAAGGUGGAGGUCCGUGGACUCAUCUCUUAUUCUAAGUCUAUCUUGCGGAAUUAUGAAACCCAAGCACCUUCCGUUGGGGCAGAGUCUGUACUGAAUCAGAGUAUCAGAUCCGAUUCAGCUUCCAAGAGGGGUGAUAAUGCAGAACAAUUGCAAUCUCACCUAGUAGGCAAUACGUCACGCAUAGGUCUGACAGAUUGUGGGAACUUACAAACACUAGAAGCUACUCACGUACGUUUACCGGAGAUCCCCCUACCUACAUUCGACGGAAAUAUUUAUAAGUGGCCGGACUUCCGUGAUCAUUUCAUUGAUAUGGUGCAUAAGAAAGAUCGCAUUACUGACAGUGCAAAAUUAUACUAUUUACGCGGUUGUUUGAAAGGGGCCGCGGCUGAUGCGGUACGUGGGAUUCCCGUUUCAGCUAGCUCGUAUAAGCUUACAUGGGCUACCUUGGAGUCACGGUACGAUAAGCCUCGCAUGUUGGCUAGCGCUGUAGUUGAAAAGAUUCUAGCUGCGCCUACGUCAUCUGAAGAGACGCUGGCAAGUCUCACGAAAUUCAUUAACAUUUUUGACGAGGGAGUAUCGGUUCUAAGGUCACUAAAUAUCCCUGACAUGGGAGAUUUUAUAUUGUUUUCGAUCGCUUCCCGUUGUUUACCACUGUCUUGCCGAACUCUUUUUGAAACCAAUUGUCAAGAAGAUUAUCCCUCGGUUGCAGCCUUGUUCGCAUUCCUAAAGGCUCGUGUAUCGGUAUUGGAACGCGUUGGAGACUCGGUACCUCUCGAACCAGCCAUUAAGCACGUGCAAAAGAACGCUUCGCACAAAUCUCAAAAAUCCGGCGGCAUAUCAUCCUUUGUGACCUCUGGGUCUCCGCCAUCCGUAUGUAAAUGCUGUAGUGGUGCGCAUGCUGUAUCUGCGUGUUCAAAGUUUAAGGGUUGGCCUCUCCAGCAACGGGUCCAAUGGGUCCGUGAUCAGCGUGUCUGUUUCUUGUGUUUGAGUGAUAAGCACUGGUCGAACCGUUGCUCGUCAAAGGUAAAAUGUUCGAAAUGUGCCCGUAAGCACCACGUUUUAAUUCACGAAGAUCAGCCACUACCCCAAGGGAAGGAUCCUGUGGGCUCGAAGAACGAAUCUGGCUCGACUGCGGCCACCUCAAUGUGCGGUCUCUCCGAAUCGCGUUCGAUAUUGCUCGGUACAGCCUUGGUACAUAUCCGCGAUUCCUCUGGUAUCUUACAUACAGUUCGCGCGUUGAUUGAUUCUGCAUCGCAGAUUAGCGCUAUUACUACGGGCUGUGUAGCACGUCUUGGUCUCCGAAAAACCCCUUGGACGGCCCCUGUAACUGGAUUAUCUGGUGCGCCUGUUGCAAGCACUGAAGGGAUCGUCAAUUGUCAAGUCCAACCCCGGUUCGCGGACGAACCGAUCAUUUCGGUGAAGGCUUGGGUGUUCCCGACUAUCACGUCCGACAUGCCUCGUCAACCCCUACCGGAAAUCGUGGCCCAGAAAUUCACCCAUUUAGCUUUAGCCGAUCCAUCGUUCGCUACACCAUCACCAAUAGAUUUACUGUUGGGUGCUGAUAUUUUUUCUUCUGCGUUGAACGGCAAGCGUGUUGAGGUGGGAAAUGUUUAUCCAGUGGCGUUUGGCUCGAUCUUUGGGUGGAUCUUGAUUGGGCCAGUUCCCUCAAAUGCCAUGUCAGCCUUUCAUGCCAUUCCUGUCUCGUUGACAACUUCGAUAGAAUCCCUGAUGGAUCGUUUCUGGCAUGUGGAAGAGCCGGAUGCGGCUCCGGAAACCUUUACUGAUGACGGUAAAUGUGAGGCCAUCUUUCGAAACGAGUGCUGUCGUGAUUCCGAAGGCCGUUUCACGGUUCCAUUACCAUUCCGUGAAGAGGUGACCUCCGACGCAUUUCAUGGGUCUCGUGCUAUAGCUCUCAAGCGUUUUGAAAAUUUAGAGCGCAAGCUCCAUGCCGACCCGCGUCUUCGCGACAUGUAUGUACAAUUUAUGUCCGAGUACAUCAACUUAGGCCAUAUGACUGUCGCAGCUGCUCCCGGACGUUAUUUUAUCCCACAUCAUGCCGUAUACCGUGCUUCGGAUCCUAAUUCGAAAAUCCGCGUCGUCUUUGACGCUUCGGCAGCGUCGUUCACUGGCGCUUCCCUGAACAAGUGUCUGCUCACGGGUCCUAAGUUGCAGCAAGAUGUUGUGGAUAUCUUACUACUGUUCCGUUUGUCCCGUUAUGCGUUUACAACUGACGUGUGCAAGAUGUACCGACAGAUCCUGAUCAAUCCCGAGUACAGACCAUUCCAGCACGUCUUCUGGCGUGACUCGCCGUUCGCCGAGCUCAAAGAGUACGAGCUGAACACUGUCACGUAUGGCGUCAAUUGUGCCCAUUACCUCGUCAUGCGUGUCAUCAAAUCCGUUGCUGAGCAGGACUGUAAGGAUUUUCCGGCUGCGCAGGAUGCACUGCUCAAACAAACUUAUGUUGACGAUAUAUGCACUGGUGCUGACUCGGAGGAAGAAGCGUUAACAUUACAAGCAACCAUCAUUUCCAUAAUGGCUGGUGCUGGGUUUGAAUUAAAAAAAUGGUCGAGCAAUAACAGAUCAGUUUUGGAUUGUGUUGCCCCUGAAGAUCGUGCCAAUGGAUCAACAUCAUUCGAUGGCAACGACGUGUCCGGAGUUAAGGUCUUAGGGCUUCAGUGGGACCACCGCGAAGACAGAUUCAACUACGCAUUUCAACUCGAAUCCGUCAUUCAAACAAAACGCGGGAUGCUUUCUUUAAUCGCUCAGAUUUUCGACCCACUUGGAUUCCUGGCUCCGACGAUUUUUGCUGCGAAACAUCUAAUGCAAAAAGUAUGGUUGUCCCACGUGUCAUGGGAUGAACCCUUGCCUGAUGAGUUAGCUGAGUUAUGGCAGAAUUUUGUGGCAGAUUUGCACACCCUGUCAAAACUAACGGUGCCUCGCUUCAUAGGUACGCGUAAACAGAGUCGGUGCAUCCUCUGCGGAUUUUGUGAUGCUUCGGAAAGGGGAUAUGCGGCUGUGGUAUAUCUUCGACUUGAGGACGCCAAUGAGCAGGUAUCUGUGGUACUGUUAGGUUCCAAGACGAAGUUGGCUCCCAUAAAAACUGCGACUAUUCCUCGACUGGAGUUAUGUGCCGCUGUGUUAUUGUCAAAAUGGCUACAUCGUAUUCAGCUCACGCUCAGUGCUCGUCUUGAUAUCACGAACACAUUUGCUUGGUCAGAUUCGUCCAUCGUUUUGAGCUGGCUGACAGCCCCCCAUCAGUCCUUUAAAAUUUUUGUAUCUAACAGAGUGCAUAAAAUUCAGUCAUUGUUGCCCAAGUGUCAGUGGCACCAUAUUGGAUCAUCAGAUAACCCGGCAGAUUGCGCAUCUUGUGGACUUGCUCCAUCUGAACUUCUUGACCAUCAACUAUAUUGGGAUGGACCACGAUGCCUGUACUCUCCAACAGAAACCUGGUCGGCUGACUUUCAUGCAGUUCCCAUGGACCAAUUACCUGAACUAAGGGUUACCCCAAUAGUCCUCACCACGGCUGAACGAGAUAGUGAGUGGUUCAGUAGAUUUUCAUCUUAUACCCACAUGAUACGUGUCGUGACUCGUCUACGUAGGUUUAUAUUUUGUUGUCGCAAUGGACGACCAUCAACCCAAGAGUCUUGGCUUUCUCGGAGUGAACUAGAUGCCGCUUUACUGACAAUUAUACGCUCAGCUCAACAAUUUUCAUUUUUAACUCUUCAUCAGGAGCUGUCAGCGAACUUGGAUGUGUCCUCACGCGCAUACGCGCGUCUUAGACCAUUUAUCGAUGCAAACGGAAUAAUCUGCGUAGGAGGUCGCCUACGUCACUCAGAUUUGCCGGAAGGACAGAAAUUCCCGAUGCUGUUGCCGAAGUCAUCGCACCUGUCCAUGCUGAUAGUUCGUCAUUGGCAUCUGACUACAUUUCACAGUGGCCACCGCGUGUUAACUAGCAUCAUCGGACGAGAAUUUUGGAUAUUGUCAUUGCGUUCUCUUAUUCGGUCGGUUGUAAGUAAAUGUACACGAUGUGUCCGCAUGGCAGCGGUUCAUCCUCAGCCAGUAAUGGCUGAUCUCCCUCGAUCACGAGUGUCCGAGUGUCGUCCGUUCUCCCGGGUCGGUAUUGACUUUGCAGGCCCCCUUAAGAUGACUGAAAACCGCUUACGCAAGUCUCGGGAAUACAAGGUGUAUAUAGCCGUCUUCGUGUGUUUCGUCGUCAAGGCUGUUCAUCUGGAAGUUGUUUCAGACCUAUCAACCAAGGCGUUCUUAGCGGCCCUAGAUCGGUUCGUCGCACGGCGCGGCGUUCCCACCGAUAUAUACUCAGACUGCGGAACCAAUUUCGUCGGCGCCGCUCGCCAACUCAAGGAUUUGAUCAAUGAUGUCAGUAAUCGUGAUCAGAUCUCCGCCUCUGUUCGAACUACAUGGCACUUUAAUCCACCUAGUGCCCCACACUUCGGGGGAUUAUGGGAGGCUGCCGUACGAUCAACAAAAUCUUUGAUGGUGAAAGUGAUGGGGGAGCACACUUUCACUCUAGAAGAGUUUACCACGAUAAUCUGCCGGAUUGAAGCUAUUUUAAAUUCCCGGCCGCAGACACCGGCUUCUACCGACCCUUCAGACUUAGAUUGUUUGACUCCUGGUCAUUUUUUGAUUGGGCAACCCCUGUUGACAAUUCCCACGAGUGAAGAUAACGGGUCCAUAUGCCGUCUAACUAUAGCUAAUCGCUGGAAACUACUACAUCAAUGUGUUCAGUCCUUUUGGAAACGGUUGCGAGACGAAUACCUGCAGACGCUGCAAUGCCGCCAUCGAUGGUCUUCGGAUGCACCUUCUUUAGCAUUAGGCGACAUGGUGGUCAUUAAAGAUGCCAAUUCUCCACCCUUGACGUGGCGCCUUGGGCGUGUCAUCGAACUCAUGCCAGGUUCGGAUGGUGUAGUUCGAGUGGUCCGCGUCAGCACACAACAAGGAUCCAUGGUUCGCCCUGUCGUAAAGUUAGUUUUGUUACCAAUCACGUAG